CGCAGCCACAAGAAAACGUGUUUUUGUUGAUUGUAACUGCUCAGGACCGCAUUGUAACUGCAAUUGUAAAGUUUAGUUGGAUACAUUAAAACUUCCUUUCCGUAACGCAAUGAUUCAAACGAAGAAACGUUCAGUUUCCUCAUCAGAAACUGGUGGCUCGGAGAAAUCGGUGAAAAAAGUGAAAAAGGAAGCAGGCAGUAAGCCGGCCGGCGACAAAACGAAGGCAAAAGUACAGAAAAAGGAUGGCUUCGUAAAGCCGAGCGUCGGCAAAACGGCCGGCAAGUUUCAGAAGAAAACCAGCCCCGGUGGGAAGCCAUUCGAACAUGAGGAAUAUAAAACGUUCGUCCCCAACACGCCCGAAUCGAAGAAGGAGUACUGGAAUGGAUUAAAGGCGAAGCAGAAGGAGCUUCGCCAGCAGCGGCGGCAGAACAAAUCGAAGGAACUGUAUGAGCUGAGCGUAAGUGCGAAGAAAAUAUACGAGAAGCUGAAGCGCAAGACGGCCGAAGGGAAGGAAGAGCUGGUGCAAAAGCUACACGAGCUGCUAGGGAAGGAGAACGCUUACGCCAAGGUAGCCACCUCACACGAUACGGCCCGUGUGCUCCAGUGCAUGAUCAAGAAUGCGUCGGAAGAGAUCAGGGACCAGAUUGCGACCAGUCUGCUGCCGUCCGUGGCCGUUCUGGCAACGUCAAAGUAUGGCCACCAUUGCGUUACCAGUCUGUUCAAGCACGGUUCGAAACAGCUGUGCGCGCGUGUUGUGAACGAGAUCAUUAAGGACGUCGUGAAGUUGGUGAAUCACACGUUUUCCAGCUCGAUCGUUGACGCUGCGUACAACGAGUACGCUACGGUCGAACAGCGAUCAUUCAUGCGGCAACCAUUCUACUCGGAACUGUACAGGCUAGACAAGGAUCGUACGGUGCAGACGAUGAAGGACUGCUGGACGACAAACGCUUACAUGAAGUCGAGCGUGCUGAGCACGGUUAAGGACCACUUGGUGCAGGCUGCCAACAAGCGGCUCACGGACAACAGCCUGCUCCAUGCACUGUUGGCCGAGUUCCUCGAGGAAGCCGGCACGACGGAACGUUCGGAGGUGAUGGAACUGUACCUACCGCUGUUGGCAUCGAUUUCAAGCACACGGGACGGAACCGGUGCAGCGAUAUGCUGCUUCCUGCACUCGGCCGUGAAGGAUCGUCGGUCCGCCCUGAGAGCGAUGAAGCCGUACAUCGAGAAACUGUCUAUUCAUGAGCAUGGCCAUCGGUUGGUCAUGUGUGUACUAAACUGCUACGACGAUACGGUUACGCUGGGCAAGCAGGUCAUCAGCCCCAUCCUGGAACAGAUAGAGACGAUUGUUGGAAGUGGCGAAUGGGGGCGCAAGGUGGUCGGAUGGAUUUUCUCUCCGGACGACAAGGAUUUGCUACACCCGACCCAGAUCGAUCUGCUGAACGGGUAUCUGGAGUACAGCAAGAAAGAUAAAGACCUUCGUCGCAAGGAGGUGUUUGCUGUCGCCAAGGAAGCCUUCUGCAAGCAGCUGGAAAGCAACGCCAGCUUUUGGCUGCGAGGUGGUCAUACAGCCCUCCUGACAGCAGCCAUACUAAAGAACUACCAGGGCGAGGAGUUGGGUAGACUGCAUCGAGCUCUGGCGAAGGUUGUUUGCGAUCCCGAUUGGAAGGUGCACGAGAAUGAAAUCAAUCUCGAUGGGUCAAUUCUUUCGAUCGAGGUGGACAAAAAACCGAAGGAAAACCUUAAACCGAACGCUGGUAUAGUACGCAAGAUAAAGAAAUUUAAAAAGAGCCCAUUCGAGGAGGGGAAAGCAGCGGCUCGCGAGAAGCAGUUGGCCGCUAAUCCACUCAUAAACGGUAUCGAACAUGCCGGCAUACAUAUUGCGCUGAAGAAAAUGAUCAAACUAGAUCAGGAGAAGCGACAGCUUGCCGGUGACGAUGUUUCACAGUUCGGUCUCGCAAUCGUGGAGGAACUGGCCGUCGAGCAGCUGUCCGCGUGGAUCACCCAAAAUCGGCCCUCAUUUCUGCUGUUGCUUAUAUUCGAAAAUUCAACCGAAGAAGUGCAGCAAAUGUUGAGAAAGAAAGUGGUGCCGAUUACAAAAGAACUUAAAUCACAGAAGCAUACGGGCGGUAAACUGCUGGCCGAGAAGCUCAAGCUGUAGAAGUGUGCGAAACCCGACACAGCUUAAAACGAAAUACAGAAACAAAUACAUC